CCCAUGCUCCUCGCAUUACCUUGCUCCCCGCAUUCCCAUGCUCCUCACAUUCCCACGCUUCCUUCACUCCCAUUUUCCCCGCAUUCCCUUGCUCCCCGCGUUCCCAUGUUCCCCGCAUUCCCAUGUUUCCCGCAUUCCCUUGCUUCCUGUAUUCCCAUGUUCCCCGCAUUCCCAUGCUCCCCGCAUUCCCUUGCUCCCGCAUUCCCUUGCUCCCCGGAUCCCGCUUUCCCAUGCUCCCCACAUUCCCAUGUUCCCUGCAUUCCCUUGCUCCCCGCACCCCGCUUUCCCAUCCUCCCCGCAUUCCCAUGUUCCCCGCAUUCCCCUGCUCCCCGCAUCCCGCUUUCCCAUGCUCUCCGCAUUCCCUUGCUCCCCGCAUUCCCAUGCUCCACGCAUUUCCUUGCUCCCCACAUCCCGCAUUCCCGUGCUCCCCGCAUUUCCUUGCUCCCCGCAUCCAGCAUUCCCAUGCUCCUCGCAUUCCCAUGCUCCCCGCAUUCCCGUGUUCCCCGCAUUCCCUUGCUCCCCGCAUCCCGCUUUCCCAUGCUCCCCGCAUUCCCAUGUUCCCCGCAUUCCCUUGCUCCCCGCACCCCGCUUUCCCAUCCUCUCCGCAUUCCCAUGCUCCCCGCAUUCUCAUGCUCCCCGUAUUCCCUUGCUCCCCGCACCCCGCUUUCCCAUCCUCCCCGCAUUCCCAUGUUCCCCGCAUUCCCUUGCUCCCCGCACCCCACUUUCCCAUGCUCCCCGCAUUCCCAUUUUCCCCGCAUUCCCUUGCUCCCCGCAUCCCGCUUUCCCAUGCUCUCCGCAUUCCCAUGCUCCCGGCAUUCUCAUGCUCCCCGCAUUCCUUGUUCCCCGCAUCCCGCUUUCUCGUGCUCCCCGCAUUCACAUGCUUCCCGCAUUCCCAUGCUCCCCACAUUCCCUUGCGUCCCCCACCCCGCUUGCUCUCGCUAAUCCGCCGCUGCCUCUCUCCCCUGUUUCCCGCCACCCGCUUCCCCUAGAUUCCGGUAUGCCGCGUUCCCCCAGCUUCCGAUAAAGGUUCAAGGCGCAGCAGCAGGGAAGAAAGCGAGGCCGCAGGGAUGGGGAAGACAACAGCCUACCGGGUGGCACAUGAUUGCCAGUCAAGCUCACCUUGGACAACCUCUCCGUUAAAAGCCAGACUUCACCCCAAACCUAUCCACUCACUCCCCCGUGCAUCUCUCAACAAACCACAUUCUGUGGAAGAUCUCCGUGCGGCCACGCAUUCAGACAUUCAGCCGUUAUUGGCAAAUGCUAACCAUGUCUCUUCUCUAGCAUCAUCUACAACGGCUGCAGAAAAUGGAAAUCAUGUAACCCUACAUAUGUGAACGGCACCUUGUAACUGAGUUGGUCCAGGGUCGUAAAGCCAACUUGAAUUUUGGGGUCGCAAUUUCUCUCCCUCAAGUUUGUUACAUUCUUCCUGCCACAUAUAUAUGCGACCUUUUCAGUCUGGGCGGCAGCAGCAACUGGCCAGCAGCCACGCCGACAGCAGGGUCGCCUCCAGCGGCGGGGCCAACAGCAGCGGCGGCAUGGGCAGCAGCAGCAACCGGGAAAGAGAGGGCAGCAGACUCGGCUGUCUGAGCAGCAGCAGCAGCAGCAGCAGCAGCAGGGCCAGCAGCAGCAGCCGGGGCAGAGUGGGCAGCAGGCAGGGCAGUCUGAGCAGCAGCAGCAGCAGCAGCAGCAACAGCAGCAGCAGCAGCAGCAGCAGCAGCAGCAGCAGCAGCAGCAGCAGCAGCAGCAGCAGCAGCAGCAGCAGCAGCAGCAGCAGCAGCAGCAGCAGCAGCAGCAGCAGCAGCAGCAGCAGCAGCAGCAGCAGCAGCAGCAGCAGCAGCAGAAGCAGCAGCAGCAGCAGCAGCAGCAGCAGCAGCAGCAGCAGCAGCAGCAACAGCAGCAGCAGCAGCAGCAGCAGCAGCAGCAGCAGCAUCAGCAGCAGCAGCAGCAGCAGCAGCAGCAGCAGCAGCAGCAGCAGGGCCAACAGCAGCAGGGACAGCAGCAGCAGCAAGGCCAGCAACAGCAGGGCCAGGGUUCACAUCAGUGGCACGGACAGCAGGAGCAGCAGAGUGGCCAGCAAGCAGGGCUAUUUUGGCAGCAGCAGCGCCAAGGAAGAUGAUGAAGCCUUUCUUGAGUUCACUUUCCUUUAACU